CGGAAAUCCCUCGCAAGUGACUGUAGUGCGACAAAGUCUUGGAGAGUAGGAACUCUUCAAAAUAAAACACACGCACGAAUUUCCAAGAUGCGCUACACUCCAGCAGGUUCUGAGAUUCCUGGCUCCGCGUAUCAGGAUAUGUGGACCUGGUUGCUGGGAGGCCUUCUACAACAAAUUCACGGCCGUUCGACAACUUCGUUCAACCAUCGCACGGCCGAGCAAGUACACGACGAAGAAAGUCGCACAGUGCACGAACAUGCACUCGUUUCCUCUUUUACCACUCAAGCAGUUCCUUCCGGGAUGAAAAGACGACACCAAGUAAAGGCCCGCGCAUCGACUUCCUUCGCCAUCGUGCCGUCCUUCAUCAAGGCCAUGACUCCCUUUCCGAAUCCGGCGAAGCUGAUGGCGUCGGCGGGACCCAUGAUGAACAACGCGUUGGUGAAGAUCCCGCAGAUGAUGGGUUUGUCGAAACAGGCGGGGAUCAACGUGCCCACGCCGUUUGAGGACGCCAACUGGUGGCGGUAUGACUACAAGGGGAAGUACAAGUUAGGCUCCAAACUCCGCUACGAGUACUUGAAGGUGGAGCGGUGCUCUUUGACCAAUUCCGCGAAGUGCACCCACCGGAAGCGCAGCUCGCUUACCUGCACAGGCGCGGAUCAGUGCAGACAGAAGUGCUUCGAGAAGAUCGCAGCCAUGGAUCAGCAGGUCACGACGGAGAAUUACGGCACCGCGAAGACAGCGGAGCAACGAGCGGCGGAGAAAUUGGCGCAGGAGAACAAGGGGCGGAAAUUGCGCGGGUGCUUGGACGAGGUGGACCGACGGGAGCGGAACGCGAUGCACAACUACUUUCAGUACACCGUCGGGACCCAGGGGCUCCCUUGCGGCAGCUUCUGCUCGCAGAGAAUACCGAACAUGAAGAUCAUGCGGAAGAUCGAGGACGGGUUGGUCAAGUACGGGCGCAAGAUCGAGUACGUCAAGUUCCAGAUGGACAGUUUGAAGAAGCAACUGCCGGCGAAAGACGCGCCAGACCCACCGGCGCACUUCAAGAAGCCGGCCGUGACCGACGAAGCGACGCCGGAAGCAACGGAGGAAUUGGAACCGGAGGAAGAGAAGGAGCUGAGCGGAACGGACACCUUCGCGUGGUUCAAAAAGCAGCGUGAGGAGCUCUACGACAAGUACGCCGAGGCGGAGAAAAAGAUGGACGCGAUCCUCUCGGGCGGCGGGAUGCCCACGCCCACGCCGACCGGCGACAUGGAAAAUGGGGUCACAGGCGGGAACGGAGGGGAUGACGAACCGGGGGAACCGCCAGUACAGCCACCGGCGGGGGAUGACGUCGACGAGUAAAUUGAUUGAAGUACAUAACUUCUACUACGGUGCAGUACUAGGGCGUCUUCAGACGUUCGUGCCUGUUUGGAUUCUUUUGUCACUGAUGCGAGCACAAAUUCUAUAGUGCCGUCAUGUAGUUGUACUAGGGUUGAAAGCCGCUGUUCGAAAGUCGUUUGCGGAAGCAUUGAAAAUUCGUCGGGUAAGUGAGGUAUAGACCCACAUCGUAAAUGCAUGCCGUGUUGUUCG